GCUGGGAUUACAGGCUAGUAGAGAUGGGGUUCCACUGUGUUGCCCAGCUGAUCUCGAACUCCUGACCUCAAGUGAUCCUCCCACCUCGGCCUCCCAAAGUGCUGGGAUUACAGGUGUAAGUCACUGCGCCCAGCUGUAUUUUUAUUUUUAUUUUUUGAGACAGGGUCUCACUCUGUCACCCAGGCUGGAUUACAGUGGCACAACCAUGGCUCACUGCAGCCUCGACCACCCCAGGCUCAAGCGAUCCUCCCAUCUCAGUCUCCCAAGUCCCUGGGGCUACAGGGGUGUGCCACCACACCUGGCUAAAUUUUGUAUUUUUUGUAGAGACAGGGUUUCUCCAGGUUUCCCAGGCUGGUCUCAAACUCAGUGUCAAGUAAUCCACCAGCCUCACCCCCACAAAGUGCUGGGAUUACAGGCGUGAGCCACUGCGCCUGGCCUUGAUCUCUACUUUUAUCUUCCUGCUUCCAAGGAAAUAUUUUUUUCUUCUGAAUUAUCAGGCAUUUACUCUUGUAAUUCUUAGUCUCCCUACGCUUGUUUCCUCCAUAAGAAAAUGGGGAAAAUUAUUCCUACAUCACAGGGCUGUCUGAGGCCUAAAUGAGAUCGUGUAUGUGAAAGUGAUCUGCAAACCCCACACCAUGUCAAGGUAAGGGAGGUAGUUUUUAAUUUUCCUGCCAAAGGAUAGCAGAAACUGUACCUCUUGUCUGAGUUCUGCCUCUUGGCUUGACACCCUUCAGAGGAAUUCCUGCCUCUUCCAUGGGUCAGGAAGAGGUGCCUAGUUAGUUUCUUCUGGGUGCCGAGUUAAUUCCUUCCCACCAAGUGGGUUUAAGCCCUGGAAGGAGUGUCUUGGGGCCAGGGUGCAGUGGGCGUUUGGUGCUGAGCAUGGACCUGAAACUUCGUGUGUGGUCAGAUUUAUGUUCCAUGCGUGGGGAUGUGCACCGGACCAGGUAUGUGUGUAGGUGGACGUGGAUGAUGAGGUGUGUGUGCUGUGACUGUGUGUGCACCCUUGCCUGCGUAUGACAAGCAGGCUGUGUGUGUAGGACCAGGAAGCUGUACUUGUGGCCAGGUAUGUGGCUAUGGACUGACGAGUUUGUUUGUUGGACACUUGCUCAGUGCCAGGCAUCGCACUGGACUCUGAACACUCAGAGAUGAGCGAGAGCGCCAGCGGGUGUCCCGCGCUGCAGCCAGCUUUGCAUGUGCUCUUCUUGCUCCUUGGCGUUGGGCGUGGGGGUUCCGCGGAUUUCCGGGGUUCCGGGGUGGUGUCCAAGCUGAAGGAGUAGUCAAAGCUGGACCAUGCAAUAAACCCACCAGGCAGAUUCCCCAGGGCACCGGUGAGAGAAGAAAACCAGAAACAAAUAGAACAAAAAGAAAGAAAGAAAAGUGGAAAAGCCUUUUUUGGGGGAAAACAUUGAUGUUUGAUGUUUCUAAAAAUGAUAAUGUAGUUAUCAUGGGAAAAUUAGACUUGUUGGGCUUAAAACUUUAUUUUUUCUUCUUUUACCUGAAGCAUAACACGCAUAAUGUUCAUAAAUAUUAAGCACACAACCUGACUCCAUUUUUUUUUUUUUUUGAAAUAGAGUCUUACUGUGUUGCCAGGCUGGAGUGCAGUGGUGUGAUCUUGGCUCGCUGCAACCUCCGCUUCCGGGGUUCAAGUGAUUCUCCUGCCUCAACCUCCCGAGUAGCUGGGAUUACAGGCGCCCACCACCACGCCCAGCUAAUUUUUUUGUAUUUUUAGUAGAGAGGGGGUUUCACCAUGUUGGCCAGGAUGGUCUCGAUCUCCUGACCUCGUGAUCCGCCAGCCUUGGCCUCCCAAAGUGCUGGGAUUACAGGUGUGAGCCACUGCGCCCGGCUGACUUCACGUUUAUACACACCCAUGCAAACAGCAUCCAGAUAGAGACAAAGAGCCUUCCCUGUACCCUAAAAGUUUCCCAGAAAUUGUUCCCAGUUAGCAUAUUUAUUUUUAUAAAGGUAAUGCAUGCCCAUCAUAUAACAUUCAAAAAGGUAUGUAGAGAACCAAGUGUCUACCCCAGCCCUGUCCUCCAGCCACCCAGUUUCCCUCCCUAGGGGAAGCCACCAAUAUGUGUUUCUGAUGUAUCCCCUGUUGAGCUGCUUUUCCUUGUUUUGGUUUGGCGGUGUUGAUGUUUGUAUUUGGAAUUACAGGCAGGCAGCAUCAUACACCUUAGUGUUUAGGGCCUCUAAGAUCAACCAGCCCUGAGAAAAUCAGCCAUGGCGAGGACCUUGUUCCCCAGCCCCCAGGAGAUAGGCCCCCUGGCGGGAGUCCUGGGGCAGGGCAGAGGCCUAGGGACAAGAAUUAGAAAGGACCCACGUUGACAGGGCUGCUCAGGGUCAUGUUGUCCAUCCCUCUGCCACAGUGGCAUGGACAAACUGCGUAUGUCGGUUAGAGGAGGGCACCCUUCUCUCUUGCAAGCAUUGGCAAGGUCUUAACUAUUAGUCUGCUCCUCCCAUGGCAGCCCCUUUGGACAAGGAGGCUCUUAAUCUCUGUUCUUUGAAGCCCUGAGGGCUGGUGUAUAGAAGUUCAAAGCAUUGGCUUUGGAACCGGACUGUCGGGGUUUGAAUCCUGGCACUGCAGCUGACUCACUGAUGGACUCAGGCAAUGCCUUAAACUCCCUGAGCCUCAGGUUCCUUGUCUGUAAAAUGAUAAAGAUAGCCCCUGUUUCACAGGGCUGUGGUGAGAAACCAAUCAGACAAGGCAUGUGAACGCCAUUAUAGCACAGCGCCCGGCAUCCAGCAGGACUCACUCGAUGACAGUUGUCACCGCCAUCAUUGUUAUUAGCGUGGGCCAGGGAGGGCUGCGUAAAAGCAGCUGGUGGAGGAGGGAGAGAUGCCGUGUGACCGUCUGGGUUCGCAUGCAUGAAGUAUUAUCUGGGCCUGGAGUGUGCAAGGCACACAUGUGUCCUUACUGCAUGUGUUGUCACAUAUGUGCAAUGCCAUGCUCCUGAGCCUUUGAUUGCAGAUGUGUGGGAAGUGGGCCCCGUCCCCACCCCCAGUGCCACCCUGCUCUGCUUCUCUUCCCUUGCUGUGCUCUAAAACGAGAAGUACAAGUGAGUUCCCCCAAGGGGUCGGCCGCGCCUCUUCCUGUCCCCGCCCUGCCGGCUGCCCCAGGCCAGUGGAGUGGCAGCCCCAGAACUGGGACCACCGGGGGUGGUGAGGCGGCCUGGCACUGGGAGCUGCAUCUGAGGCUUAGUCCCUGAGUUCUCUGCCUGCCCAGACUAGCUGCACCUCCUCAUUCCCUGCGCCCCCUUCCUCUCCGGAAGCCCCCAGGAUGGUGAGGUGGUUUCACCGAGACCUCAGUGGGCUGGAUGCAGAGACCCUGCUCAAGGGCCGAGGUGUCCACGGUAGCUUCCUGGCUCGGCCCAGUCGCAAGAACCAGGGUGACUUCUCGCUCUCCGUCAGGGUGGGGGAUCAGGUGACCCAUAUUCGGAUCCAGAACUCAGGGGAUUUCUAUGACCUGUAUGGAGGGGAGAAGUUCGCGACUCUGACAGAGCUGGUGGAGUACUACACUCAGCAGCAGGGCGUCCUGCAGGACCGCGACGGCACCAUCAUCCACCUCAAGUACCCGCUGAACUGCUCCGAUCCCACUAGUGAGAGGUGGUACCAUGGCCACAUGUCUGGCGGGCAGGCAGAGACGCUGCUGCAGGCCAAGGGCGAGCCCUGGACGUUUCUUGUGCGUGAGAGCCUCAGCCAGCCUGGAGACUUUGUGCUGUCUGUGCUCAGUGACCAGCCCAAGGCUGGCCCAGGCUCUCCGCUCAGGGUCACCCACAUCAAGGUCAUGUGCGAGGGUGGACGCUACACAGUCGGUGGUUUGGAGACCUUCGACAGCCUCACGGACCUGGUGGAGCACUUCAAGAAGACGGGGAUUGAGGAGGCCUCAGGCGCCUUUGUCUACCUGCGGCAGCCGUACUAUGCCACGAGGGUGAAUGCGGCUGACAUUGAGAACCGAGUGUUGGAACUGAACAAGAAGCAGGAGUCCGAGGAUACAGCCAAGGCUGGCUUCUGGGAGGAGUUUGAGAGUUUGCAGAAGCAGGAGGUGAAGAACUUGCACCAGCGUCUGGAAGGGCAGCGGCCAGAGAACAAGGGCAAGAACCGCUACAAGAACAUUCUCCCCUUUGACCACAGCCGAGUGAUCCUGCAGGGACGGGACAGUAACAUCCCCGGGUCCGACUACAUCAAUGCCAACUACAUCAAGAACCAGCUGCUAGGCCCUGAUGAGAACGCUAAGACCUACAUCGCCAGCCAGGGCUGUCUGGAGGCCACGGUCAAUGACUUCUGGCAGAUGGCGUGGCAGGAGAACAGCCGUGUCAUCGUCAUGACCACCCGAGAGGUGGAGAAAGGCCGGAACAAAUGCGUCCCAUACUGGCCCGAGGUGGGCAUGCAGCGCGUUUAUGGACCCUACUCUGUGACCAACUGCGGGGAGCAUGACACAACCGAAUACAAACUCCGUACCUUACAGGUCUCCCCGCUGGACAAUGGAGACCUGAUUCGGGAGAUCUGGCAUUACCAGUACCUGAGCUGGCCCGACCAUGGGGUCCCCAGUGAGCCUGGGGGUGUCCUCAGCUUCCUGGACCAGAUCAACCAGCGGCAGGAAAGUCUGCCUCACGCAGGGCCCAUCAUCGUGCACUGCAGCGCCGGCAUUGGCCGCACAGGUACCAUCAUUGUCAUCGACAUGCUCAUGGAGAACAUCUCCACCAAGGGCCUGGACUGUGACAUUGACAUCCAGAAGACCAUCCAGAUGGUGCGGGCACAGCGCUCGGGCAUGGUGCAGACGGAGGCGCAGUACAAGUUCAUCUACGUGGCCAUCGCCCAGUUCAUUGAAACCACUAAGAAGAAGCUGGAGGUCCUGCAGUCGCAGAAGGGCCAGGAGUCGGAGUACGGGAACAUCACCUACCCCCCAGCCAUGAAGAAUGCCCAUGCCAAGGCCUCCCGCACCUCGUCCAAACACAAGGAGGAUGUGUAUGAGAACCUGCACACUAAGAACAAGAGGGAGGAGAAAGUGAAGAAGCAGCGGUCAGCAGACAAGGAGAAGAGCAAGGGUUCCCUCAAGAGGAAGUGAGCGGUGCUGUCCUCAGGUGGCCAUGCCUCAGCCCUGACCCUGUGGAAGCAUUCCGCGAUGGACAGACUCACAACCUGAACCUAGGAGCGCCCCAUUCUUUUGUAAUUUAAAUGGCUGCAUCCCCCCCACCACUCCCUGACCCUGUAUAUAGCCCAGCCAGGCCCCAGGCAGGGCCAACCCUUCUCCUCUUGUAAAUAAAGCCCUGGGAUCACUGUG